AUGGAGGGAAACAACGACACCGUGGUGACUGAGUUCAUCUUGCUUGGACUGUCUCAUCAUCCCAGGGCCCAGGCAAUGUUGUUUGGGGUGUUCCUAGUGGUCUACCUUGUAACACUCUUAGGUAAUGGCCUUAUGGUUGUUUUGAUCUUUGUAAGCCCCCUCCUGCACAAUCCCAUGUAUUUCUUUCUCAGCAACCUUUCCUUCUUGGACAUAUUCUAUACCACCUCCAGCGUCCCCCAGAUGCUGGUUAACUGCUUCUCCCACCAACCUACCAUUUCCUUUGAGGGGUGCAUAGCUCAAAUGUACGUUGGCCUUUUCCUUGGCAUAGCAGAGUGUUUCUUGCUAGCUGUUAUGGCCUACGACCGCUUGGCUGCUGUCUGCAGCCCCUUGCAUUACACCCUCAUCAUGAGCAAAAGACUCUGCAUUCAGUUGGCAACCAUAUCUUGGGCUGCCGCCUUGCUGUUGACCUUGAUCGCAGUUGUGCUGCAGCCAACCCGCUUUUGUGGCCACAACGUCAUCAACCAUUUCUCUUGCGAGCUGCAGGCUUUUCUGAAAAUAGCCUGUUCGGAUACCAGCCUUAAUGACCUCUUGAUCAUGACCAACAGCAUUUUUGUCCUCAUCAUACCUUUCUGCUUCAUCCUAGUGACUUACGGGCGCAUCAGCCUGGCUGUGAUGCGCAUCCAGUCAGCCAAGGGGAGGAGCAAGGCCUUUUCGACUUGUGGCUCCCACAUAGUUGUGGUCACAGUCUUCUAUGGCUCAGCCAUGUCUAUGUAUUUGCACCCGCAGGGCAAAAUUUCCUCAGACCGUGGCAAAAUGAUCUCUCUGUUCUAUGGGGCAGUGACCCCUAUGCUCAACCCCCUGAUUUACAGCCUGAGAAAUAAGGAUGUGAAGGGAGCCUUUUGGAGACUUCUCGGGAAGAAAGUAUCUGAGUGA